AUGGCGGCGGCGGGGCCGAGCGACGGGGACUUCUCCGACCUGCGGGAGAUCAAGAAGCAGCUACUGAGCGUGGCGGAGCGUAGCCGCGAGCGCGGGCUGCAGCACAGCGGGAAGUGGGCCUCCGAGCUGGCCUUCGCCCUUGACCCGCUGCCGCUGAGCGAGCUCCCGCCGCCGCCCGCGCUCACGGAGGAGGAUGCUCGUGAUUUGGAUGCCUAUACAUUAGCCAAGUCUUACUUUGAUCUAAAGGAAUAUGACAGGGCUGCAUAUUUUCUGCGGGGCUGCAAGAGUCAAAAGGCUUACUUCUUGUAUAUGUACUCUAGAUACCUGUCAGGAGAAAAGAAGAAGGAUGAUGAAACAGUGGAUAGUUUGGGACCUCUGGAAAAAGGGCAGGUAAAAAAUGAAGCUCUACGAGAAUUAAGAGUAGAGCUUAGUAAGAAGCAUAAAGCACGAGAACUGGAUGGAUUUGGCCUUUAUUUAUAUGGUGUUGUGCUGCGGAAGCUGGACCUAGUGAAAGAAGCCAUAGAUGUAUUUGUUGAAGCUGCUCAUGUCUUACCUUUACACUGGGGAGCCUGGCUGGAACUUUGCAACUUGAUCACAGAUAAAGAGAUGUUGAAGUUCCUGUCCUUACCAGAUACAUGGAUGAAAGAGUUCUUUCUUGCACAUAUUUAUACAGAGCUGCAGCUGAUAGAGGAGGCUCUGCAGAAGUAUCAGAGUCUCAUUGAUGCAGGAUUUUCUAAAAGCACUUACAUCAUCUCUCAGAUUGCAGUUGCCUACCACAACAUUCGAGAUAUUGACAAAGCUUUAUCCAUCUUUAACGAGCUAAGAAAACAAGACCCUUACAGAAUAGAAAACAUGGACACUUUCUCCAACUUGCUGUAUGUUAGGAGCAUGAAGCCUGAGUUGAGCUACCUGGCUCACAAUCUCUGUGAGAUAGACAAGUAUCGUGUUGAGACCUGCUGUGUAAUUGGAAAUUAUUAUAGCUUACGCUCCCAGCAUGAAAAAGCAGCACUCUACUUCCAGAGAGCCUUGAAACUAAAUCCUCGGUAUCUGGGAGCCUGGACGCUUAUGGGACAUGAGUAUAUGGAAAUGAAGAAUACAUCUGCAGCUAUUCAAGCUUAUAGACAUGCGAUAGAGGUGAACAAAAGAGACUACAGAGCCUGGUAUGGCUUGGGGCAAACCUAUGAAAUCCUCAAAAUGCCAUUUUACUGUCUCUAUUAUUACCGACGGGCCCACCAGCUCAGACCCAAUGAUUCCCGUAUGCUGGUUGCUCUAGGAGAAUGCUAUGAGAAACUCAACCAGUUAGUGGAAGCUAAAAAGUGCUAUUGGAGAGCUUAUGCUGUUGGAGAUGUGGAGAAAAUGGCAUUGGUGAAACUGGCAAAGCUGCAUGAACAGCUGAAUGAAUCUGAACAAGCUGCUCAGUGCUAUAUCAAAUACAUCCAGGAUAUCUAUUCCUGUGGGGAGAUAGUGGAGCACCUAGAGGUCAGUACUGCCUUCCGUUACCUGGCCCAAUACUACUUCAAGUGUAAGCUCUGGGAUGAAGCCUCAGCCUGUGCUCAGAAAUGCUGUGCAUUCAAUGAUACUAGAGAAGAAGGGAAGGCCCUGCUGCGGCAGAUCUUACAACUUCGCAACCAAGGAGAAACUUCAUCCACAGAAAUUGCUACUCCCUUUUUCCUCCCUGCAUCACUGUCAGCCAACAACACUCCCACACGUCGUGUGUCUCCACUCAAUCUGUCUUCUGUUACACCAUGAACAAUGCUGAUACUUCUAAACUAACCUGCGCACCGAAUGUGACAUUGCAGAUGGGGCUUAUUCCUGUUACUGCAACUAAUUUCUUUCCAGUGAAUUUUUUUCAUUCAGUGUUGCCUUCACUUGGAGGGUAAGAAUUAUUAGAGCCUGCAGCUGAAGGCAAGUGUGACCAAACAGGCAAAGGUGCAGCCUACAUGAAAGUGCCUAUGCUGAGACGUCAGAAUCUGCUGUACUUCUCACCAGGUCAUUCCAGUCAGAAGGCAGUCAGUUUCAAUAGACAUGAUUAUUCAUAACUGAGAGUGGGGGAAGAACUUGUCUGCUUGAGUUAAAACAUACUGGAAAUUUGAGCAUAUUUGAGCUGACUCUACCCUGUUACAUCUGGCUUUAUUGAACAUCUUGGAAGACUUCUUAGUGGUAUUUUGCUGCCUACAUCAGAAGCUGUUACCUGCCUUGGCUGUUUAAGGAUUUUUACCUAUAUUCAACUACAUGAAAGAUGUUCCACUAAAACAGCAUGAGGCACUUAGAUCUGUCCUGUGCUAUGUUAGGGGAAAACAGAAUUUAGAGCUGGCAGGUGUCAGAGAAAUUUCAAGUAGCGACAGAUGACAGCUGAUUGUUGUUCAGUAUGUGGUUCUGACAGAUAUUUUGACUUUGGAUAGAAAAGCAGCCAGGAGGAUAGUAUAAUUAAAAAAAAAAAUUUUUUUACUGUCCUUGGGCUUCUUCAUGGUGCAACUUUUAUGUGUACUAUAGCAAAUGAAAUUGGAUGAACUGGGAUGGAUUAUUAUGUUAUUAUGGAUUGUUUUAUCUAGUGGACUGUAGGAAGCAGUGGAUUGCUCCCCUCUGAGUCUGCUGGGUGCAAGAUGUUCCUACAUCUGGCCAAUACUGACUGAGGCUGAGUGUGAGUUCCAAAGAUGCACCAAUGCACUACAGACAUGGCCAUAAACAGAUUAACACAGACGAGAGGACAGUGCCUUUACAUGCACUCAAAGUAAACAUGAACUGCAGAAAAGGCCUGAUCUGAUUCCUGCUUGCUGACUAGUUAGGCUUAAGGUAUGCUAGUGGAACAUGGAUAUGCUCUCAGUGACUUAGUUCUCACGCCUGCUCACGUUCACAGGUCUUUCCAGUCCCUGGCCAAGACCUUAAGUCUUUCUAGCAUCCAUGUCUUCACUUUAAGUGUUCAUGUGAAAGAAAUGCAUUCAGAGUAGGGAGCACAGUCACAUAGGAAAUAGGAAUAGAGUUUAAUAGAGGUAUAGAACACACUAUAGUAAUUAAGCACAUUGCUCAGCCAGGCUGAGACUAUUGACCAGCAGCCUGCUUACUCACAAUUGUCUGCUUUUAUUCUCUCUGUCAGUUAUAUUUUUACAUGCUUGUUUCUCCCUGAUCCACCUGCAGCGCUUGCUUGAUCUUUGAUCCUUCCUCUGAACAUUCUAUGAUAGAUUUUACCUGGUCCCACAAUCCACUUCAGACUACUUAGAGUAAAUUUGCUCUUUCCUUUAAGACCCUUUCUCAUAACCUGUGACAGCCUUACUGGUUACAAAGUUUCUGCUUAAGUCUCUUGAAAGUUAACACUUUAGUCCUUCUUUUAAUGGCCCAUGGACCCAUGUCUUAAGGGUUCUAGUGUCUGGUACCUGCUCUUAUCUACCCAUGUGCUUAAUUUAUCACCUUAAAUUUUACGUUUCAUAGCAGUUAACCAGAUAUCCUUACAUGUAUAUGUAGUCUGUUCACAGUUUUGCUAAGGUAAUGAAGAACAGAGGUCAACAGCUUUGCUGACUUUGAUUUGAAUCAUCUUGCUUAUUGACAGAUAGGGCCCUUCAAACAAAGACAGCAUCAUGUUUGGGCUUUGCUUGCCUAGGAGGAGUAUGAUUUUGUUUGUUUUGAGCAGUGACUUGUGAAGAAACACCAACGAUUUGGGAUAGUAUCAGUUUGAUUUAUGAGCUUCAGUCUGACUUCAACCAAAUUCUCUCAGUUCUAUUCAGUUACAUCUUGUAAGCUGGAUACAACUUGGAGCUAUUUCUAGAAAUACUUGAGACUUCUAUAAAUGUUUGGUAAUGAGAAAUUAUGAAUAAUCCAUAGAUGUUCCUUUCUAAACAAGUUCCAGUUUCCUCAGGCCUAUCUAAUAGCUGAAUCUCCCAUUUAGUUCUGAAAUUAUCUAAAGAUUUCCUCAGGAGGAAAUACUCCAAAUUUUAACUGGACAUCUUUUAAAGAAGAUUAUCCAAACUGUGGUGUUUGUAAAGGUCGUUUGUGGUUGUUUGUAAAGGCAUUAAAUUUGAUAUCUGGGUA